CACCAAAACCAUGAACAAAGCUUUUGUCUAAUAAAAAUGCAUAUUGUGAGUUCUAUUUGUCAUUAACAAUUCCGAGUUUGAAAAAAAAAAAACAAAAUAGAAUAGUGUAAAAUACCUGUCAAAAGAUGAGUCUCGGUAGUUUAUUAUGCCGACAGGGCGCAGCACUCUUUUAGAGCAGCAAAGUUAACGUCAUCUUACUUUUCAAUUUCAAGACUUUUGCCAUCUGCAUGUUCAUAAAGGCAAAAAGGUGAGAGAGUAUUUUGAGUUUGAUCUGACGGAAAACUUGGAAAAGUUUCAUGAAGAAGAUUAAUCAAAAAAAGGUAGGAACCACAGGGCCUGUCAGUGAAGAUGUAGAAUCAGCAAAAGAAUUUGAAGCAAGGAUACGAGAGUGUGCAAAAACGUUGGAGGAUUUUGGAAUUCGUGACCGAGUCACGGGGUUUUGCGCGCGAAGAUUCAGGAUCAAUGGAAAAUUUAAUGAACGGCUCAUGAUUACUUCUUUUCUGGGUCAACUGAUGUAUCCCUUGAACGUGCUGUUUUCUAGAAGACCAAAACGUAAUGCGAUCCCCUUGGUAAAGGAAUUUGAUGCUUUAUUGGAUCCAGGUGCCUUUUUAUUAGUAAUUGGACAUGAAGGAUCAGGUUGUCAUAAUUUACUCAAAGUUUUGAGUGGAAUAGUUGAAGAGAAUCAAACGUUAGAAGGAGAGCUAAACUAUGAUGGGUUGGAUUACCGCACAAUGCAUAGUCAAUACAAGACUGAUUUAAGUUAUCACAACGACGACGACCACUCGUCAUUUGCAACCAUUUCUGUGCGCCGUUUAUUAGAGUUUAUCUGUGCUUGCCGCCUCCCUGAAACGAAAAAGCCCGGAGUCUCUCGUGACAAGACGAUUCGAAGGAUUUGUGAGAUUAUAUGCGAUGCAUUUGAAUUGAAUAGCAUUUUUAAUCGUCGAAUUUUGAAAAUUUAUAAUGGAAGUGAUCAGAAACGCAUCGGUAUCGCAGAGAGAAUGUGUGCACGGCCGUUAUUGCAAUGUUGGGAAAACGCACUGCGUGAAUUCGAUUCUGUGUCCGCUACCCACAUUCUUUCAAGAACCAAAAUUAUAUCUCGCGUCUUCGGAUCGACCCUGAUUGCCAUUUCCAAUCAAAUUCCUGACAAAAUCCUUCGUAUGUUUGAUAUGGUAACAGUUUUAUAUGAAGGUGAGCAAAUCUUUUACGGUCCGACUUCUCGUGUAAAAGAUUACUUUUUAAAUCUUGGUUACAUUCCACAAAGUCACAGUACCGUUGGUGAAUUCGUCACUUCCUUGUUAUACCCCGGGCUUCGAACCAUUAAUAAAAGCCAUAAAGGGUUUAUACCAUCUACUCCUGCUGAAUUCCGUCAAUGCUGGCUUGAAAGUAAGGAUUAUACACACUUAAUGUCUUCAAUUAAUGCGUCUAUGGAAUAUCAUAGUGACGUUUCUGCAUUUCAUACAAAGGACUCAUCCAAUACGCCCAUUGUAAAGUGGAAACGCUUCUUGAAUCGGAUUCCCUGUCCCGUUCCUUAUAGAUUACAAGUCUGGGCCUUUGCUAAAAUAACGUACUUCCACUAUCUUUACGACUAUUCUUUUCAUUUAACGUUUGUUUUUUCCUAUCUAUUUCAAGGCUUUAUGCUUGGCUCUAUCUUUUACCUCAUAGAAAACACCUCUGCAACCCUUUUUUCUCGAGGUAGUGUACUUUCAACAUCAAUCAUAUUUACUGCCAUUCAAACAAUGUCUGAGGUAGGUAUUAUAUUUACAAAAAAGUCCCUAUUCGCUGAGCAUCGGAUUCAGUCCUUAUAUCAACCUUCGGCAGCUUUGUUUGGCUCAAUUUUAGUGGAAUUUCCUAUUCGUUUGGUAUCUCUUGUAAUUUUUGAUAUAGCUGUUUAUUUCUUGAGCGGUUUAAGAGUCAAUGCUGGUGCUUUUUUUACCUUUUUUCUCUUCACCUUCUUAAUCACUUUUUGUAUGGCAUCAAUCUUUCGAUUAAUUGCUUUACUUUGCAGCACCGCUGAGAUUGCUGCUUUUAUAGGGGGUAUCGCUGCUCUCUAUUUCAUUUCGUUUUGCGGUUCUGUUAUGCCAAUCAAUUAUAUAGGAUGGUGGUUUCGAUGGCUUGCCUAUGCGAACCCUGUUCAGUAUGGGUAUGAAUCCAUCAUGUUGAACGAGUUCAAGGAUAGAAUAUUCAAUUGUUCGGCGAUUAUACCAAAUUUAAGUUUUCCUCUACGGAACAAUAUAUGUCCUUCUCCUUCCGGCGUGCCAGGAGUUCCUUAUAUCAUAGGCAUUAAUUAUUUGAAUGUCGUUUUCAGAUAUACAACCGACUUUUUGUGGAAAAAUUGCGGUAUUCUUUUUGGGUUUGCAAUCUUUAUCUUGUUACUAUCACUGGCAGUAGCCAACUAUAUCAGAUAUGAUAGAACGUGUAUGGCUAUUCCUGAAUAUCAAAUGAAAAAACUAUACGCAACUGUACAGAGUUCAUGGGAAAAUAAUUUAAACAAAGCGGCGUUAAAGCAGAAAAAAGAAGACAAAGCUCAUAGGGCAAUGGACAUGUCCACGUCUUUUAGAACGACGACGGAUGAAUUGUCACUGUGUUGGAAAGAUUUGUCCUUUUACAUUUUGGAAGAUGGAGUGCAGAAACGUGUAUUACAAAAGCUCAAUGGUUACGUAAAACCUGGAUGUUUAAUGGCAUUGGCUGGUGAAAAUAAAUCAGGUAAAUCCAUACUUAUUCAAAUCCUUUCUCAACUUGGUGUAUCAGGAAUUGUUGAAGGACAAGUGUCUUUGGAGGGGAUAAAAACCUCCAAAUAUUUACGGAAAAGGAUUGGUUAUAUUUCGAACAAACUAAUGUUUGUUCCCCAGUAUACUGUGCGAGAGACUCUUCGACAACACGCUUCACUUCGUCAAAGUGCUGACAUAUCUAUGUCCGAGCGGUAUGAGUAUGUAGACGAGGUUAUCGAUUUUCUAGGUCUAUUAGAUGUUGCUAGAUUCGUUGUGGGCGAUGCAGGUGGAGGUUUAUCAUUGUAUCACAAAAAGCUUACAGCGAUUGGGAUCGAGUUAGUUGCAAGACGAUCUGUUCUUCUUCUGGAUGAACCCGUCUCUGGUCUUGAUAGUCAGUCCGCUUGGAUGCUUGUUGCUACGCUUCGAAAAUUAGCAAAUACAGGUUUAUCCAUUAUGUGUUCAGUUUCGCAACCUAGCUCGAGACUUCUUAAUUUAUUUCAUUCUAUAAUGAUUCUUGAUGGUUAUGGUCGGACUGUCUACCUCGAUGAAGUUGGCAGCUAUGCUUUGAAGUUGAUAAAGUAUUUCAAGAAAAUUCAUGGAAACGAUGAAAAUAGUAUCAAAGAUCCAGCAGACUAUGUACUAAAGUGUAUAUACUAUUCAAACAAAAGUAAAAAAGUGGACUAUGCAGCUGUAUGGGAAUCCACAGACACGCAUAAACGUCUUAUACCAGAGUUAGACAGAUUACUGAGUCGCAGGUUGAGUGAUCAAGAAGUACGCUCCGAACAGGAAUAUCUGAGUAGUACGGUUUACCAAACGUUUAAGAUAGCGAAGCGGAACUUUACCGUUUACUGGAGAGAUUCUGCAGCUCUGAUUAAUCGGUUGGCAUUUAAUACGUUGGCUGGGUUGCUUAUCGGAUUUACGUUUUAUAAACAAGGCAAUGGAAUACAGAGAACACAGAAUAAAAUGUUCUCUGCCUAUAUGUUAACAAUUGCUUCUACUUCUCUUAUUAACGGAUUAAUACCAAAAUUUAUUCAUUUACGUGACAUUUAUGAGUAUCAUGAAGAGAACUCUGCCACCUAUAACCGUCCUGCUUUUAUAUUGGCAUUCUUCAUCACGGAAGCAGUGAUUAAUUGUUGUUUUGGAACAAUAUUCUUUCUUUGUUGGUACUAUCCAAGUGGCUAUUAUUUGAAUGGUCACAAUACCCUUUUUUAUGGUGGUUACGCCUGGUUGAUGAUGAUGGUUUUCGCUUUGUAUUAUACUACCCUCGGUAUAAGCAUUGCUACGGUUUCUCCUAGUUCGGGUAUUGCUUCAAUGCUAAGCGGUACUGCUUUCGUGUUUGUGCAAUAUUUCAAUGGUAUGGUUCAAAAGCCUAGCCAACUAGUAGGAUUUUGGAAAUGGAUGAAUGAUCUUAGCCCAUAUAAAUAUUUCCUUGAAGGAAUGAUUGGAAAUAAUCUACAUAACGUCCCAAUUAUAUGCGAACGUACUGAAAUGUACGUGGUAGAUCCUCCUAUGGGGUAUACCUGUGGAGCAUACUUUUUUGAUUAUUUACAAUCCUCUGGUGCUGGCAUUAUUUAUAAUCCGGAAGCUGUCUCAAGUUGUGAGUUUUGUCCGUACAAAAUUGCAGAUGAACUGUUGGAUGGUUUUGGGUAUUAUUACCAUCAUCGGUGGAGAAAUUUUGGUAUCCUUAUAGGCUAUGCUGCCUUUAAUUUGGGUUUUGCCAUAGUUACAUAUGAGAUUAUUCGAAGCAUACCGAUUCAUCGACUCCUUAGUCAAUUCCUGCAGAAACGAGUUGAGCGUACUCAUUGGAAGAGAAGAAAGUUUGAAGAACCAAGAACUUAGAUGGGAAAUUUCUUUUUCGCCGGCUCAAUAUUGCAAAAUUAGAAAAAAUAUUUGGACAAGAAACCUAAAAACAAGCUAGAAAGUUUGCUUUUGUUAUUUUUGUGUCAUACUUGCUUUUUUGCUUUUUUGAGUAGCGUUUAAAGCAAAGAAAAAUAUAAUUAGCUAAUUUUGGAAUGAAACGAUCUUUACGACUUUAAUAGUAAGCAAUCUGUGGAAAUCUGCAUCUGUAAGUUUUGAACCAAAGAUUAUUUCGAACGCCCAUGCUUUUCAACGGAAACAAUAAAGGCAUGUUCUUUAGUUUUAGGAGUAAGAACUUGAUUAAAAAUAUCAAGUGGAAACACUUCAAUUUUCUGUUUUUCCUUGUUUUGUUCCUUUGUUUUUUGCUUACUAACAUCAUGCUUGUUUAAAGUGCAAUAAGCUUCGCUAACCCCUUUCUAAAGAAACUUCCGAUCGGCCUGGGACUGGUGUGCAAAACCGAGAGAUGUAAUAGUAAUG